GCAAUGUUGCUCACCCAAUCCCUGCCACCGAAAGCUCAACCGGAGUUGUCCUCGCCCUUUCCAUACCCUGGAUCCUCCACCGGUUGUAGUCAGUGUCACAGCCAUGUAAGUCCAGCCUCAGCCUUCACCUUUGCCUCCGGAUUCCGUGAAGCUGGGGUGUCCGGGUUGGGGUGUCCGGCCAGCGGUGUGGGUGGUACGCCGCGAUGGAGAGCGUCAGCUUUCCAGGCUAGCCGAGUAAAAAUUCGGGGUGUUGUGAGAAUCCCGUCUUUGGCUUGAUCACGUCGUCUCGUGUGGUCUUGGUGGAUGAUCCAUGAUGGUU